AUGGCCAAGAAGGCGCGCCAAAGGAUAAGCUAUGUCCUUGAAGCCCCUAAUUCCUCACCCGGCGGCCAUCGGCUGGGGGUCAAUGGCUUAGCCGUCGAUCGCGACAAUGCCAUCCUUUACUCUGGUGGACGAGACGGUGUCAUCUGUGCCUGGGACCUGAAUAACAACACUCAAGCACACACCCACUGGAUCAACGACAUUGCCCUUGCCCAGAAGUACAGCACCACUGGGUGUCGGCCUCCUCAGACCUCCUGGUCAAGGCCCUGGCGACCUCUUGCUAGCGACGUCCUAGAGCCCGUCACCAUCGGUCAGCACGCCGACUAUGUCAAGUGCGUCGCCACGCCAAGCCAGUCCACCCCCUGGGUAGCCUCGGGAGGGCUGGACCGGAAGAUUUCUCUCUGGGACCUAUCAGGAGCUGGCCAGACGCUCGAGAUCGAUGUCCGUGGCGAGGAAGUGGAACAGAAGGGUAGCGUGUACGCUCUGGGCGUCACCCACAACAUUUUGGCCAACGGUGGUCCCGAGAGCAUUGUGCGGCUGUGGGACCCAAGGUCGGGUCAGCGUAUCACCAAGUUUGUCGGCCACACCGACACAAUCCGCGCCAUUCUGAUCAGCGAGUCCGGGGAUAUGGUUUUGUCAGCGAGCUCAGAUCAGACCGUCAAGGUUUGGAGUGUUGCAGCUGGCCGUUGUAUGCAUACCCUGACAAUGCACGACCAUAGCGUAUGGGCCCUUUUCUCGGAUGACCCAGGCCUCGACAUCUUCUACAGCAGUGACCGAUCCGGGCUGGUGGUCAAGACGGACGUCUGUGACACAGGGGGCGACAUGGACAAGGGCUUGUCCGUGGCUGUUGCGAAGGAGAAUGAUGGCGUUAGCAAGAUGGUGACCUGGGACGACAGCAUCUGGACGGCGACGGCCACGGCGUCGAUCAACCGGUGGAAGGACGUGGACACGAGCGCCAGCGUGCGGUUUUCAGAGGCCCCCAAGCAGCACCGAGCAUCGUUGGUGACGGUACAGAGCAAGGACACCGUCGCUGUCGUAGCACCGCCAAGCGAUUCUACAGGACCCACGAUCCCUGCCAAGUCUAUUCUUCGGAUAUCGAAUACGGCGCCUUUCCAGCUAGUCAUCGGCCGAGACGAUGAGGUUUCCCUCCCGGGGCUGACUCGGAGUGUCUCGGAGCUCACGGAGCAUGCUGUCAGCAUUGUUGAGCCGAUCCACCAUGUGCCAGAAGAGACCAUAGAGGGGCAGUUUGGUUUGGUUAAGCACAGGUUGUUGAACGACAGGCGACGGGUCCUGACCUUGGAUACCGCGGGCGAUGUUUUGAUGUGGGAUCUGAUCCAGUGCCGUCCUGUCAAAAGCUUUGGGAAGCGUCACCUCGAAGAUGUGGAGCCCGAGGUUAACACUAGGGAGGCCGUUGCUCCCUGGUGCUCGAUCGACAUUAUCAACCUCGGAAAAUGGGUGCUUAGGUACCUAUUCGCCAAUCUCAUCGACGAAGAAAUCCGGCGGGAUGAGACGUUUAGGCAGAAAAUAAACCAAGGCGCGACCAAGAGGAUAGCAGCGGGUAGGACGGCGCCAUCGCUAGCAAUAUCCAUUCCCUCCAACCCGGGCUGGGGUCCGGCGGACCUAUCUUCGGCGACACCGCGAGCCCACGGAUCACAGUACCCUCCCAUGACACCGGGUUUCGGAAUCGGGUUGGCCACUCCUGGUUCCCCAGGACCACCGGCAUUCGAAGGGUUCACGUCCCCUCUUAGCCCCCUCGUCGACAAGCGGUCGUCCCAAGUCAGCAGACCGUCGCAGGACAGGGAAGACUACUUUUCAGAUGCAAUCCAGAGCCCGGAUGGAGCCCCCAAGCCAGCACAGACACCUGCCACUGAGGCUCCGCCGGCUGAGGAGAAGGCAGCCAAAACUCCUGGUGAGAACGGCGGCAAGGAAAAGGAUGCCAAAGACAAGGACAAGGAAAAAGACAAAGAGAACGGAAAACCGGCCGCCACUAUGUUUAGCAAGAAGUUCCGCAUGAAUAUGUCCUUUGGCACGAAGAAGCUAGGGCGGUCCCUAUCGACGACAACAGCCGAGAAACCGGCGGUACUCGACGAGAGAGCCGAGGAGUCAGAGUCAUCAUCGAACCACGAAAAGGAGUUCGACGACAACUUCCUAGGCGUGGUCCAGAAGAUGCACAACGAUUACGAGAAGCAGCAGGCCGAAAACCCGGACCAGAUCGUCGAGUCCAAGAUCACCCCAAGUCUGGCCAACGACACGCCGGUCCUCAAGCUGCCCGCCGGCACCAAGGUCAUCAUUCAAGAGGAGACGUCGGGCGGCUCGGCCGAGAUGUACCGCGGCACGGUGGCGUCGGUCGGCGCCGACGCCGACGUCAUCGAGAAGCGCGCGCCGCAGUGGCUGGGCGACGUGCUCCUGCUCAACACGCUGCCGCCCAAGGACCCGGUUAAGAUCUCGUUCGUGCUGCAUCCGUGGAAGGAGACCCUGCCCCCCAUCGUGUCGACUGACGGCAACAACCGCCUGAACGCCAACCGCAUGCUGCGCGUCAAGAAGAUCCUCGCUUAUGUUGCUGAGCGCAUUGAUCCAGUCCCUGAGGGUGAGGAGCCCGCGCCGGAUGCGCUGAAGCCGGAGGAGUAUUUGGAGCUGUAUUGUAAUGACCAGUUGCUGCCGCUCAAAAUGACGCUGGCGACCCUGCGGACGCACGCCUGGAGAGGCGGCAACGAUAUCGUCCUGCACUACAAGGCCAACGGCCGGAAGGAGAUCCCCAUGCCGCCUCCCGUGGAGGUGGAAGUGGCGACGGACGAGUCCGAAGCGGCGGCGCCGGCUGCAUAG